UCCAUAUUUUCAACCUUCCUUAAUGAAGAACAUUAAAUUGCCAUUUAUAUAUUAGUACAUUUGGCAUCCCAAUAGUCAAAAUUUUCCUCUUUUUUGUAACAGCCGCCUCAAAUUCAAGCAAGCGCCAUGGAAAUUAACAAAGAUUUACAGCUUACAAGGUCAUUUUUCUUCAAAUUUUAAUACUCCUAUAUAUGUAUGCAUGUUUAUACUACUAUAUAGUACUACUUGUAAGACUUUCAAGAAAUAUUUUUUUAAUUUGUAUGGAAUUAUUUACAUUUUCAAUUGCCUUUUCUUGCUUCAGAUGAGUGAAGAUUACUCAACCUUUAACAUAACAUCCUUAAAAUAGUCGAAUUUGGAGUAGUUGUAGGAAAUUAGAUCCAGUUCUGGAAGAUGUAUUUGUCUCAGGAGAAAAGCAUUUUGCCAUCAAGGCUUCUUGCUUGCUUAAUAGCAUUUGCAAUAUUUCUCUUGUUUUCUUCUUCAUUAUCUCUCAUACAGUUUGAUCCCAAUUCAUUCAUUCCAAUAUCAGUUUUUCACUUAAUUUUGGACAACAACACAUCUCUUAGCCCAACUCCAAAUGCCAAAACUAAUCUAUUAGCAUUAGCAACUCCCUCUGCCAAAGCCCCUACUUCCCUUAUAGACGAAUCAACGACGAAACGAUGUGAUAAAGGCAAUGCUCUUCUUAAAGUGUACAUGUAUGAUCUCCCACCCGAGUUUCACUUCGGGUUGUUGGGUUGGAAGGGGGUGAAUGCAAGCCAAACAUGGCCUAAUUUGCGCGAGGCGAAGAGAUUACCAUCCUACCCCGGUGGGCUAAACUUGCAACAUAGUGUUGAAUAUUGGCUUACUCUUGAUCUUCUAGCAUCAAAUGUUGGAAAUGUUGCUAGGCAAUGUAGUGCAUACAGGGUGCAGAACGCGAGCGAUGCAGAUGUGAUUUUCGUGCCUUUUUUCUCAUCCUUGAGUUACAACCGAGGCUCCAAGCAGAGGCGUGGUAGGCAGAAUGAUAUGAUGCUGCAGGGGAAAUUGGUUGAGUUUUUGCAAGGUAGGGAGGAGUGGAAGGUGAGUGGUGGGAGGGAUCAUUUGGUUGUGGCCCACCACCCUAAUAGCAUGAUGUUUGCGCGUAAAAAGCUUGGCACGAGCAUGUUUGUGCUGUCGGAUUUUGGGAGAUAUGAUGUGAAGAUAGCUAACAUUGAUAAGGAUGUCAUUGCUCCUUACAAGCACAUGGUGAGGAGUGUUCCUCCUGUUUCCUCUGCUUCCUUCGUUCAACGCCCGACUCUGGUGUAUUUUCAAGGGGCUAUUUAUAGGAAAGAUGGUGGAGUGAUUCGUCGAGAGCUCUACUAUCUUCUGAAAGACGAGAGAGACGUGCAUUUUGCAUUCGGAAGUGUGGGGAGAAAUGGAGUGAGUAAUGCAGGGAAAGGGAUGGCCUCAUCCAAAUUCUGCUUGAAUAUUGCUGGUGACACGCCUUCGUCUAAUCGUCUCUUUGAUGCCAUUGCUAGCCACUGCGUUCCGGUGAUAAUCAGCGAUGAGAUUGAGCUUCCCUUUGAGGAUGUGCUCGACUACUCAGAGUUCUGCGUGUUUGUGCCAGCAGCGGAUGCUGUGAAGAAGGGCUACCUUCUGAAUUUGCUCAGAGGCAUUAAAGAAAAGGAAUGGACUAAAAUGUGGGGAAAAUUGAAGGAAAAAAGCCUUCACUAUGAAUACCAGUACCCGUCUCAGCCAAACGAUGCUGUGGACAUGAUAUGGAAGACAGUCGCACGCAAGAAGAUGCCAACGCGGUUGAAGGAUCACCGGAGAAACAGAUACAGCAGAUCGCGGUCUCAGUGAGUAGGCGACUGGCUUGUUAGGCAGUGAGUUCUUUAGUAUAUACAGUCAAUUUUGAUAUGUUAUCAUAAUGCUUAUUUCAAAUAUAUUUUGGUGGAAGUUAAAUACUUGAAAUCUAAAACUGAGUAGUGAUUAUAGGAUUUACAUGUUAACUAGAUUCAUAAACAAAACAUUGAAAGCUAAAGUGUUAAGAGUCUAAACUAUACUUUGCUUGCUCCUUCUAGCCUAAUUGAUGUAACACAAACAAAACAAUCAAAACAAAAACAAACCUAUAUUUAAAAAUCUUCCAGAUGGAUCAGCAUUUGUUGUGAAUGGGGUCUGGUCCACGGCGAACGUGUCUCUUUUGAAACUCGUUAGGAUCAAACACGGUUGAAGGGGAAGGCGCGAUAUCCAGUUGCGCACUACUCCUGUCUAGCAAGGCAUCAUCACCAUUCAGAAUCCUCCUUCUUAGAGCAAGAUCUUUGCUUCUCAGCCCCGCGACAGUCUCCAGCCCGAUUGACAGAAACGCAACGCAAAAGAGUGCAACGACGAGCACUCUGUAGAUUAAGCAGCCCAUUUCUUACAGUAUGAGGCUGAUGUGGGAAUUGUUGCUGUUGAGACAAAUUGUUACUGUUAGAAAUUGUGAUGCCUAGUGUGGUACUAUGCUUCAUUUGUGCUAUUAUUAUAUGUGAUGUGAGAUUAAAUAAAGUAAUAAAGCAGAAAAAAGGGGGCCAAGACAUGAAGAGAAGA